AUGUGUUCAUGUGUUCAUUCUCCCAACCUUCUGCUCUACAAAUCACAAGACGAAAUGCUCGCGGUGUCUACUUCGCAGCUUUGGCCCCGGGGGCCUACGAACCAGCUCCACAAGGCUGCUUACCACGGGUCUGCCGAUCGCGUCGACGCUCUCCUUUCUACGGGAUCUGUCGAUAUCAACCAAGGCAACCCGAAGGGAUGGACCCCUCUCAUGUUGGCCACAGAGAAAGGCCAUUCCCUCGUUGCAAAGAGCCUCUUAGAGAAGGGGGCCAACGUGUCAGUCGCGGGCGAUGGCGGCUUCACUGCUCUUCUGGCUUCCGCUCAAAGUGGACAGCAGGCCAUCGCGAAGAUGCUCGUGAGGGCUCGUGCCAACCUGGAGGAGAGCGCGGACAUCGACGGCUCCACGCCGCUUCACGUUGCUGCGCAGGGGGGGCACUCUGGGGUGAUGAGAGUGCUGCUCGAGGCAGGCGCUAACCCCAACAGCCGCAGGUCCGACGGAGCGACGCCGCUUUUCUCCGCGGCGCUGGGUGGCUACGUGGACGCGGUCAGGGAGCUGCUCCAGAAGCAACACGGGCACUCGGAGGUGGUGCGCGAGUUGAUCCAGCAGCUCGGGGUCCGGGGAUGUGGCGGCGUGAGCGCCGGUGUGGAAUCUCUCCGCCUAGCUGCCACAGAGCAGUACGUCGACAUCAUGGGCAUACUAACGGUCGGUGGGGUGGUAGACACCGGCCGAGCCCUCGUUGUUGCCGCCGAGUACAGCCGAGAGGAGUCGGUGAAGUUCUUGCUACAGCACCAAGCGGGCGGAGGUACUUGGUAUGUGAACAACACUCUCGACCCGUUCGGCAGGACGCCUCUGGUCUGUACUAUUGAGGCUUGCGGGUCAUCGUCUCCCAGGAUUGCGCGGUUUCUUAUUGACGACGGAGCGGACACGAAAUCGACCGUGCUAGUCACAAGAUCCGGGGAAUGGACAACUUCCCGAGACACACCGCUUGGUUUCGCAACUCGCAGCCUCCGCCAAAACAAAGUAGGAGGGAAGAAUGCCACGGAGGAACAGCUACGCAGUCUGAAAGCUAUCCACCGCUUGCUGUCUCAAAUUGAGGCAGUACACGCGGUCUCGUGGCUGUGGCGGAGUAGUGACACCCCCAUCGGCCAUGCCGUUGGGGCGGCUUCAAGCAGAAUGAAACCGACGACAGCUGGGCCAACGCUGAAACGCAUGUCAACGGUCCUGAGAACCACGGUUGGAAAACGUGGAGUGGUCUUGCGGGCCGUGUACAGGGCCGCGGAAGAGCUCGUUCGCGGUGCUCGUUGGCAUGCGGGACGUUGA